UCCCAAGGAGACGACGACCAGCGAAGGGCCGGCCCACCGAUGCAGGCUGCAGCCAUGGCUCCGGACGGAGACGCCGUCGAAGCGGCUGCCCCGGCGUCGUCACUCAUCUUCCUGGGAACGGGCUGCUCCGGAGCGCUCCCCGACGUGCGAUGCCUCAUCCAGCCGUCCAAGCCGCCGUGCGCCACCUGCUCCCAGGCCCUCACCCUCCCGCCGGAGAAGAACCCCAACUACAGAUGCAACACAUCCCUCUUGAUAGACUAUUGCGACAACGAUGUCACGCAUAAGUAUAUUCUAAUUGAUGCCGGCAAGACCUUUAGAGAACAAGUUCUCCGGUGGUUUGUUCACCACAAAGUUCCUUCUGUUGACUCGAUUAUUCUGACUCAUGAGCAUGCGGAUGCCGUCUUAGGUCUUGAUGGUGUUUGGCUGGUACACCCAAGCAACAAUAAAAAUGAGAUUGAUCAUCUUCCAAUUUUCCUCACACAAUUCACAAUGGACAGUGUUGGAGCAAGAUUCCCAUACUUGGUGAAACAGAAGAUGGAGGAAGGCAAUGAAAUGGCCACAGUGUCUCAACUCGCCUGGAAGAUUAUAGAGUGUGACGUUGAAAAACCAUUUCUAUCAUCGGGGCUAGAGUUUGUGCCCUUGCCAGUCAUGCACGGAGAGGAUUAUAUUUGUUUAGGCUUCCUAUUUGGGAGGAAAGCAAGAGUUGCAUAUUUAUCUGAUGUCUCAAGAAUUCUCCUUAGAACUGAACAUGCAAUUUCCAAGUCUGGUGCUGGACAACUUGACCUUCUUAUACUAGAAACAAACCGGUUACAUGGGGUGGGACAUGCUCGCAGUUGCCAUCUUACCCUUACAGAGAGUCUUGAUGCUAUCAAGAGGAUAUGCCCAAAGAAAGCUCUGCUAAUUGGGAUGAACCAUGAGUUCGAACAUCAAAGAGAAAACCACAUUCUGGCGGAAUGGUCUGGCAGAGAAGGAAUACCAGUACAACUAGCCCACGAUGGACUAAGAAUCUUCAUUGAUCUGUAAUAAAUUACUGCAACUCUGCAAGACAACCCAUCCAUCGAUGGGUGGGGCGAAGUGGCUUCCCGGAGCAUCCGAUUCCUAGAUUAACAGUAAACUUGGAGAAGAUACAUAUGAUAUAAAAUGUUCAAAAAAGAACAUGUACAUAUUUGAAUCCUCAAUGUACUUGUCAA